GUCCUUCUCCGCAUCGCUACGCGAAGGAGCGCGCCGGCUCCCGCUCCCCCCACCACUUAACCUCUCAUCGCGCGGGUUCCUACUGCCUCGCGCCUCGCCGCUCGCCGCCGAGCGGCACGCCAGUCAGUUGGUUUUUGUCCAUCGCGUGGUGCGCCGUGCGGCGACUUGGCGCCGCGAGAGAGCGACUGAACGGGUGCUUCGCACGCGAUCGGACACGCACGCACGCACGCACGCACGCAGUGACGAAACCGCUCUCGUCAAGCGGACGUACGUACGCAAGUACGCAUUGUCCGGUGUUUCGUGCCGCGCGACGACGCCCGCGUCGUGUCGGGCGCGCGUUCCCGAACUAGGAAGGAAGGAAGGAAGGAAGGAACAGGCGCGUUUCUCGCUCUAUCUCUGUCUAUCGAGGGAAGGGGGGGGCGGGCGGAAGAAGAAGCGCGCCUCGUGGGCCCGUGCGGCGGAUCGUGGUCGCGAGACCGGAGGCGCGCGGUCGGCCAUUGUGCUUUCUUCGUGUCGCCGAUACAACCGCGCGCGUUGUCUGUCAGUCCGAGUGCCUCAGUGUCGACCUGUAAUCGGGUGAACCGACGAGAGAAACGUGUACGCGCGCCGCAGCUCGCCGCCGGCUAGCACCGUUUCGGAGCUACCCCGUCGCGUCGCUGCCACUGCUGUCGUCCUUCUCCACCUCGUCAUCAUUAUCGUCAUCAUUAUCGUUAUCAUCGACGUUAUCAGUAUCAUCCUCGCCGCCUUCGUCCGCACCUUCAGCCAGCCACCAGAGGUAAGCGAGGCAGAGACAAAGACGGACGAAACACCGCUCGCGAAGCAGACGCGAGAAAACUCUGUCGGUAACGACGUCCCUCUUUCCUCCCUCCUCCCUCCUCCCGCGACAUCUUCCUCGUCGCUUUCUCCUCUCGCGCGGAUGACACGCGAUCCAUUCUGAUCGCCGGGUCACGUCUCAACUCCGAUUCGGUGGCUCCAGGUGCCUCCUCGAUCGUCCCUCCUCGCGGCGGGAGCUAGCGUGACAGACACGGACCGGAGCCGGCGUGGAGGUAAGGCGUCUGGGAGUAGAGGAGAGAAGAUGAAAAGGAGGGGGAGGGGGUGAGCCGACAACGAGAGCUCACGUUUCGAUCUCACGAGCGCUGACGAGCGCUCCCGCGUUUCCCGCGACGUACGCACGCACGCACGCACGGAGACACGACCUCCCCCUCCCCAAGUUCACGGCUGUCUUCGUGGGCAGGUACCUGUCUCGGAGCAACGAGACACGGAGUGUUGCGUGAUCCUUCGAACGGUGAUGACGCUUCACGCGAGAGGUUCUCUAUUAUUUCUAUUGUUGUCCUGAGACACGACUGCGCGAGCUUGAUUGUUACAUUUUUAUUGUCAAGUGUGCGAAUACAGGUAGCCCUCUGCUCACGACGAGGUUACGAGACUUCGGUUGUAAAACGGGUUGAUCGAUGCACGUGCACUGGAGCGAGUCCGCGAGGCGAUACGCGCGACUGACGCGUUGGUGAACGCGCGAAGAAAUGAAAUGCGCGAAGAGGAGAGCCAUUAGGAAUCCGCCGUUCUCGGCGAAUGUCAUUCACCCUGCGUGUGCACCGUAAAAAGAAGAAAAAGAAGAGAAGAGAGGAGGAGGAGGAGGAGGAAGAAGAAGAAGCACCGUCGCGGAAGAAGUUCGAGCGAAGAGCCACCGAGGAGGCAAGAAGCUGCCGAUCGAGCGCAAGAACGAGCGCGGUCCCCGUUCGAGGCGUUCUCUCCCGGGAGGCGAAUCGAUUUCAAAUGAGUCCAGCCCGUCGAUCGAUCGAACGGAGAACCGUCUGACGCAGCAUCGAGACGUUCCGUGGGUCGCGGUGGGUUCCGUGUCGAGAAGGUACGCGCGGAUCCCGGGCUCGUUGAUCCUCGGUGAAAGGGGACCCCGAUCGUCGUGGAUCUCCCCCGGUAGUGUCCGCGGGGACGCAGAUGGGAGCUUGUCUGAUAGAAGUCCCAUUAACCCCGUGCGACAACAAUCGAGCGCGUUCCCCGCCGACAUCGCCAUCGCCGUCGCCCGCCAACGUCGCCGUCGACCACGAGGCCUCUUCUUCUUCUCCUACCCGAUUCGGUCGCGUAAAUCCGAUCAAGCUGGAAUUGAUGGAGUUGGAGAACAUCGUAGCGAACACCGUGUACCUGAAAGCAAGAGAAGGUGGUGGUGACAGCAACAAGGGAAAGAGUAAGAAAUGGCGGAAGAUACUUCAGUUCCCACACAUUUCCCAGUGCAUAGGCCUAAAAGAUAAACUAGACAUCAAGUACGGUUAUGUGGUGGACCAGCAGCCGAUCGGGCGGCUGCUCUUCCGACAAUUCUGCCAGGACAAGAAGCCGGCCUACCAUCGCUAUAAUCUCUUCCUGGAUGCGAUCGAGAAGUACGAGAUUGAGCUGGACGAGAACCGCCUCGACCUGGCGAAAGAGCUGUUCGAGCAGUACCUGAAGCGGGAAGGUUCGGAGGUGAUCGACAUUCUGAACGAUUCCCUGAUCUCGCAGUGCGAGGAGCGACUCAGCACCGGCGGCAAGGAACUCUUCACCGAGGUUGCGCAGACCGUGAAGAACUUCCUGGCUGGCGAGCCGUUCUCAGCCUUUCUCAGCAGCUUCUACUUCUACAGGUACCUCCAGUGGAAAUGGCUGGAGGCGCAACCAGUGACGUACAAGACCUUCCGGAUGUACCGGGUGCUGGGCAAGGGCGGCUUCGGCGAGGUCUGCGCCUGCCAAGUGCGCGCCACCGGUAAGAUGUAUGCUUGCAAGAAACUGGAGAAGAAGCGCAUUAAGAAGCGGAAGGGCGAGUCGAUGGUGCUGAUUGAGAAGAACAUCCUGCAGAAAAUCAACUCCAAAUUCGUCGUUUCGCUCGCGUACGCUUACGAGACCAAGGACGCGCUCUGCCUCGUUCUGACCAUCAUGAACGGCGGUGACCUCAAGUUCCACAUUUACAAUAUGGGCGGUGAGCCGGGUUUCGACAUAAAUCGCGCCCGUUUCUACGCGGCCGAGGUUGUGUGCGGUCUGGAGCAUCUUCAUCUUCAGGGUAUCGUCUAUAGGGAUUGUAAGCCGGAGAACAUACUGCUGGACGAUCAUGGUCACGUGAGGAUAUCUGAUCUCGGUCUCGCGGUGGAGAUCACGGAAGGCGACAUGGUGCGUGGUAGGGUCGGCACGGUAGGCUACAUGGCGCCUGAGGUGAUCGACAACGAGAAGUAUACUUUCUCGCCAGACUGGUUCAGCUUCGGCUGCCUGCUGUACGAGAUGAUCGAGGGUCAAGCGCCAUUCCGUGCCCGCAAGGAGAAGGUCAAGCGCGAGGAAGUCGACAGACGCGUCAAGGAGGAUCAAGAGAGGUACUCGCCUAAAUUCAGCGAGGAUGCCAAGAACCUGUGCCAGCAGCUGUUGAAGAAGAGCCCGAAGAAUAGGCUCGGCUGCAAGUGCCGCCGGCAUGGAGCAAAGGACGUGAAGCUCCAUAGUUUCUUUCAGUGUCUAAACUGGAAGAGGGUCGAGGCCGGUAUGUGGGAACCGCCUUUUGUGCCGGAUCCUCGUGCGGUUUACGCUAAAGACGUUCUAGACAUCGAGCAGUUCUCAACGGUGAAAGGUGUCAAUUUGGACGCCACGGACGACACCUUCUACAGCAAGUUUAACACCGGCAGCGUGUCCAUUCCAUGGCAAAAUGAGAUGAUAGAGACUGAGUGUUUUAAGGAACUGAACGUAUUAGGUCCUAACAACACGCCCACCCCAGAUUUAUUGAUAAACCAUACACCGCCUAACAAUGACGAUAGAGGCUGCUUUCCCUUUCGAAGAAAGAGGAAACAGAGCGAUCGCACGAGGGAGAUUCCGCUGUCGGAAUGCCACUUACUGGAACUAUCGCAGACGCAGAGCUCGGAGAUGCCAGCCAGCUGAUCUUCGGUGAACAAGAAUAAUCUAAGUCUGAAUCGAUUAACGUCGUCGCCAUUUCGACAUUGCCGUCAUCCCGAUGUCGCUGAUAGUCGCCCGAGUGCGCGUCCGGGUGCCACUGGUUGCGGCUGCUGUGUCAAGAGCAAGCCGAUCUCAUUCUCUCUCUCGGUGGCACCCGAAACCACGGCGACUAUUCCUGAAAGUCGCUGUAGAGUUCGCAUAAUAAAAAGCGGGUCUGAGGCAUCUUCUCAGGUUUAUUGGGGUGAGAUCAAAGAUCUGCCUCAGGAUAAAACGUGCGUUCGCGCGAUUAUGCUACAGUUACGCAUAAGUGGCAAGCAAACGCGACACACGGAAGCCAGGCACAUUGUAUGCUACUGUCAAAUUCGAAUGACACGUUCGUUACCAAAUAUAUUUUUCUCGAGCUCGAACGCGGGAAUGCUUGACGUGCACUUUUGCACGUCCAUCAACGUGUAUCGACGUGUUUUAUCGAGCUUCGAUGUGUCCCGAUUCACGAGUCGCGGGCGAGAGAAAAUUUAGGGUGAUAUGUAGAUAGACGAUUGUGUCACUCACUGCGCGAUUACGUGGCGCAUGUAAUAUUCUGAAUGCGACGGAAAUUCGAUUUUCAGAAUGUACAGUCAGCGUAGGAGCAUUUUAUUUCUCGUUAAUCGUGAAAUGGCGCACGAAAUCUUCAAUCUCAAAUUUUGGCCCUAUUUUGAGACGAACGAGUACAUUUAGGUGUGAAAACGGAUAUGCAAUUAUUUGCAAUUACUUCUUCGACGUACUUAUGAAUCCUUUUAAAUUAAUGAAUAUAAAAAUUAAUUUAUAAUAAUUUUCACAGAGCGUUUCUGUUAGGAUAGAUCUUCAUUUCGUAUUGCUUUAUUCUUAAUGAUCGAGGAGCUCGUUGCUGAAGCCAUUGCUUCCAUUCUUUACUGAAAUCGGUUAUUUUCUAGAAUCUGAAACGGUCGUUGGUUUUGCACGAAACAGAACGAGAGAGUUUUAAUUAAAUGGUAUAUAUAAUGUACAUUAUUGCUAAUCAAAAAAUUUCCAAUUAUAAUGAGGCUUGCGUGUAUUCGAACCACACGGUACGUGUAACAGAGAGAGUGUUCUUGCUCUCAAGAUUGGCAGUUUGAACUGAGGAUGGAAUUCAAACUGGGAGAAGAGUUUGACAAUGAUGAGGAGGAAAAUUUUGCAUAUUCUCCACAUGUACAAUUCAUCAAUGACGAGGUGUUAAAUAUGUUAAUUCUCAUCGAAAAAUCGUGAGUAUGCUGCAAUUUAAUUUUACUUAUUUGCUCCCACUGCUUUCAAGCUACUUCCUGAGAAUUUCGAGACGAUCGGCAUUCGCUCAGUCAAUAUUUGAGUCAUCAACGAUCCCAAUGUAUUGUUCGGUAAAAUUGUGUCUGUCAGAAACAAAUAAGCUACGCGGCCAAGAACUUCGAUCGUAACAGCGUUCGCGCUUCUAUGAUUUAUGAACGCGCGCGAUAGGGUCUAGGAUAGGACUCGUGGGGGGCUGAAAUAGAGUAGGAAGAGCUUAUAGACGAGCGAUAACAAGCGCGCACGUGGAACGGACGGGUCGUAAAAGAGCACGUGAAGAGCACGGCGCUCAUCUCGUCUGCCCGCUCGCUCGUGCGUUUCCUUGCUCACUCGUUCUUGCGUAUCGCGACAUUAAGCUGCCGGCAAACGGACACCCGAUACUACUGCGAGGCAAAUAAACACUCGCGUACACUCGCACGUUUAUAAACGUUAACCCGAUACAUAUAUCCGGAGGUGGCAAUUGCGGAGGCAUAUACACACGAUGCAGCGGCGCCGCGAUGAUGCUACGAGACGCCUAAAUGCGCCACGAGCGAAUUAAUAGUAAAGUAUAUUGCGUUGCCAAAUGGAGACGCUAGAUAAGUCCGAUAAAAUGACGAAUGAUAAAAUGUUUACGAAUGUUUAAUGACGCUGUGACACCACGUGGCAACAUGUAUUAUUAAUAGCAAGAAAUAAUUUUCAUCUCGAACGCCGUUAAUACAUUGUAAGUUGAGCCCAUGGACGCAUAUUGAUGUUACCGCGUCUUAAGGCUGGGCAAACAUCCAGAAAGUAAGGAAUAAAGGAUAACAUACGAGAAUUGCGUCUGUCGACAGAUUGCACUUUCGCGAGACCGCGUUACGAUCGAGCGUUACAUCCACAUCUUUCACAGCAAUGCCUUUCAAAUAUUUUAAUAGUUUUGUGCCAGUUUUGAUGCACUGAGUACCACAUUAUCCUGACAGGAGAAAUUCAUCUCACGAUGGAUUAGUCCAGUAUUCGAGCCAAUCUAAAUAGGAUUUGAUUUUAAUAAUGAAAUCAAGAUUCUGAUAAAUCAUAAAUUUAUUAAGAGGAAGAAAUCUUUAUCGUUAAAAUUAAUAUUCUAACGACCCAUCUUGCCAAUCGAAGGGAUAGAGUUUUAAUAUUUUACCUGUAUUAUAAGAUAUUCGAAAUCUUAGUGACGUUUUAUUUUCUUUAUUACAUGUCGCGUUAAAUCCACGCACGUGCGCUUUGGAAAACACUGUUUGUGAAGCGAGUGAGAAGCUCUUUACGAAUCAAAUUAACGGGCACACUCGGUCAGUUCACGAGCAAUUUGGCCGUUCUCCAAUUGCGAGUCGUGUGCCAACUUCAUCGUGAUUCAAAUUCUCGUCGAAGACUUCGCUUCUGUCUGGCAGACAGUCGUCGCGGGUCACCGUGUCGAAAACGUCACCUUUCUUUGAUGCGUCUCGUAAAUCUAGAUGCGCGAACGCCGAUGCACUCGGAAUUCUUAAUCUCAUCAAGAAUCUCUUGCGAAACUCGACCCCGCCGUCUAAAAUAAUAUCGAGGAAUCGAUCGACGCCAGACAAAAAUAAUGAAUAAGGAAAUUUUAUUUUUACUUUAACGUUCUCCGCGUUGCCUAACGCGAUAACGAAUUUCCAGUCAUUUAUGAAAGGAUUUAUAGGGAUUAACUCGAUGACUGCUGUAUCAAGUGAACACAUUGUACGCAAUUAGUCUUGGAAAUUUGUUAUCAGACAGUAUAGCUUCUCGUCGAGGAGGUACAAAGAUGAGUAGACGAAAUUAUUCAAUUAAAAGUUUGAGGAGAACCUUGUGGAUUUAUAAGCGGCACUAGAAAGCGUAUUAAAUGAUUUUUCAUCUUUGUACGUCUUUUUUUACUUGUAUAGAAUCGAUGUGUUAUUAGAAAGAGAGACGCACAAACUACGCAGAAACAGGUUCACGCGCGCACAUACAGUUUCACAAAUUAACGAGAAGUAUUCGAAAUUUUCGAGUUUUCUUUGAACUGACAAACAAAAAUUUAUAUUAAUUUUUUGUAUAUUGAAUGAAAGAUUCUAUAUUUAUUAUGUCGAUUAUUGCCGAACUAAUGAACCAAAUUGCAGAAUUUAAUUAUUACUACUAAUUACGAUGUUAAUUAUUGUUGCGACGUUUUAUGAGACGCACAAAUUACAUCUAACGGUGGCCAUGUGAACAAUACUCCGAACAAAUUUCUCUUCAUAACUUUAUAAAAGUCAUUACUUUUUAUGAUUAUAUACUAAAAUAAGCACGGCUUAAUUUACGCGGAUCGAGAAUAGUUGAAGAAUAGAAGUCAAAUGUCUAUUGAAUAGAUGUCAGGAAAGUUUAUUAUUUCUAAAUGUGUUUCUCAUAUUUUCUUUUCAAUUCAAUAUUAAAUUUUUUACUUGUAUUAAAUACUACAAGUAUUAAAUAUAAUAUGAAGAAAAAUAUUAAAUAUUGACAUAUCAUAUUUUAAGAAAAUAUUAAAAAGAGCAAUGCUAUUUUAUUUAAGUUGUUGUACAUAUAGAGAAUUUAAUAUUACAAGUUUAAUAAAUGAUGCUUCCACAAACAUGAGAUUUCAAAUCUCUCUUAUAACUCGAAAUAUUAUUUAUGAUAUUUGGUUGACAUUUGACGUUUAUUUUUUAAUAUCCGUUAUAUUUUUAAACAGGAAGAUGCAUGUCUAGCAAAACGAUGAUUGACUGAAUGAUUUAAGUUAGCCGAUAAUUAAAUUUCCUCGACGUGUCAAUGCGGCCUCAAAUCAUCAGUGUGUAUCGUACCUUGCACAUAAUUUAUGUGAGAAACACUAUUCUAUCUGCAAUCGCUCGAGAUUGGUAUUGCGGUAAAACAUGAAAAAAGGAGACGGUUUUGCGAUGGUGCAGAUCAUUUUUUGUCGAAUAAACUACACUAUGUCGCACAAAUUGCGAUUCUCCCGACGCGAAUGCGAAAGUAUCAUAUUCGCCAAAUAAAAAAAAGAAAGGAACAGAAAAAUAAUUCUGUUUAAAGAAAAUUUGUAAACUAAUUUUGAAGACCAAUAUUUAAUAAUUUACAAUCUACGUAUAUAUAACAGAUUGUAAAGUAAUCGAUCAUUACUUAAUUUUAUGAAAAUAUGGAUUCCUGCCAAUUUGUUCUAAUUUAUUUGUCUUCGCGGGGAGAUACUUGAACAACAUUAGCCUACUAAUGAAAUUAGCGAGGAAUAUACAAUUUUUGAACGUGUUGUCGAUUUACAGUAGUUUAUUUAUUCUCUUUGUCGGCGACGUACGAGUUCAUUCUUCAGUAUAAAGAGUCUGUCAUUAUCUUUUAACUGUGAUUUCUCGAAGUGUCCUGUUUAAUCUCGUUGUUAGUAUACCGAAUAUUUCAGGAAUAUUUUUUAAGGCAUUACUUCCUAUCGUUUUAUAUAUUGUUCCCCUAUCGUAAGACGUUACAUACCUAUUGUUCCGCAUUAUUUAUAUAACGACGCGGAUAAGGGAGAGAUUCCGCUUUAACGAGAUCCGUCGCGAAAUGUAGAUAAUGAUGUCCAACUACUAUAUAUUCGCAAGAAAAAUACCAAACUAUUUAAUAAUUUUUCUAAGCAUAAAUAAGCGCGCAACACUCCCUUAUUCCCAUAGAAACAUACAUAUAUUUUUCUGUCUGUGUAUGUAGCGUAGAUAGGUAGGAAUACAUAUGCGAUAGACUGCUGAAUACACUUUUGCAAAUAGUAUUCGUUUCUCUUGUACAAUUCGUAUUUAAAUUAUUAUGCAUCUGUGUAAGCAUUUUAUUACGCGAUUAUAUAUACAUAUAUCUAAUUCACGCGCGCGCGAGAAAGUGUGUGUGUGUGUGUGCGCGCGCGCGCGCGCGCGUGCGUGCGUGCGUGCGUGCGUGUGUGUGUGUGUGUGUGUGUGUGGGGGUGCGUGAAUAUAAUGUGUGAAAUAUAGUUAUUUAAUCUGAUCCAAAAAUUCGAGACAUAAAUCAUGGAGAAUGUUUAAUCUAUAUACACAUAAUACACAUAUAAUAUUUUCUGUGAUUAAAGCUUCAUCAAAACUAUAUAUCGGAUCACAUUAAAUAACUCUUGUUUCUCGAUUAUUACAUAAUCAUUCGGACGUGAAUUCUCUCGUCGAUCCAGUUCGAGGCCAGGUCUAAGCGAGUGAUGACCAUCAAUGAUUAUAAAGUAAUUAAUGGCUAAUAACUAUAACGUUAAAACCUAAGGUGAUGGAUACGUCCCUGUGCGCGUUAAUAUAAUCGCCGUGUCGCGCUACAGUCAUCGUUCGAUAGUCAUUCCAUCCUAUCACGUGUGUGACGCACCUUUGUUCUAUGAGACGGUAAAAGAAUCCGGGAAAAAAAGAAAGAAUAAUUAGACGAUAGAUAAAUAUUGUAGGUAUACCGCUUGUCCGUAUCUAUCAAGCGUGUACGUGGGAGAAUUUUGAAUCGAGCUAGAAAUACUUGAGGGCAUGCUUCCGUCAUUAUCAGAUCGGAAACGCUUGAUGUAGAUAUGCAGGCGACUGCUCUGAUCUCGCGGGAUACGAACGGAAAAAAAAAAAAUGUGUAAUCGUCCGAUGCACGUCUGUUACUUCGAUGGCGUGACAGUUCUGAGUAUCGCGCGGUCUCCAAAUGUGCCAGUAAUUUAGGACUGAUCGAUAGGUAAACGAAAAAGAUGUACCAUCUUAUUAUAUUUUAUACAUUUCACACACACACUGUCGGGUAUUUUUCUUUCCAUGCGACGUCUGACCCGCAAUUUUGCGCGCCGUUAGAUGCGAUUCAUUAAAUGAGAAAUUGAAAACCUGUCAUUAGCGUAGAGACGAUAAAUCGCGAAGCUUUGAAUCGACAUUGCACGCGAUACUCUUCCAUAUAGCAGAUAUAAGAACGAUUUGUCGUUUAUCACGACUCUCCGCUUGUAUCACUAUAAUGAUCACUAUAAAUCGUUCGGAAUAUGUGGGUAACAUUACUCAAGGAGGCUGACUACACACAGUAGAAAACAUUUUAUAUUUCUGUUAAAAUCGAUCGUUAUUAAAAUUUUUGUGUUGAACUUUUCACAUAUUCAAGUUAAUUUAAUAUGUAAUUUUAUUAUUUGAAUAUUUUGCGUUAAAUUGAUAUUCAACAUUGCUUAAUGUCAAAAUAAUAUAAUUUAUAGGUAAACGAACGGAUAAUGUAAAAAUAAUGAAGUUUUAAAGCGUAAAUUUUUUUAAGAUAAAUGUCUAUUAUAAAUGUUAAUUUUACUAAUGAAAUGUGCUUCCACAAUUUGUUUCCAGUGAUGUCAAAGAGUAAUAUGAUUUUUGUUAAUCUUUUAAUAUUUGUUUUAUUUUAUAACAUAUUUAUCUUGUGUUAACACAAAUUUUAGGUAAAUCAUUUUGGAUAUGUAAAAUAUGUUAAAUUUAACACAAAUUUUUUUUACCGUGUAUCCUAUGUAAAUACUUCAGUGAUAAUAUUAUCGAUAAGAAUUAAUUAAGCACGGAUGUAAAUGUACGUACUAUACACUACUACGUACCAUACUGUAAAAAUAGUAUGUAAAAUUACAUGCGCGACAAGGGUAAAAUUUCUACGAUGGAUUAUCGUAUAAAUUAUAAUUAUGUACACUUGUAUUGUAAAAUUUAUACACUUGCUGCUCGUGUCAUUUCACUUAUUAUUUUUGCGAUUUAAAAUGGAAGAGAAAACCGGGUAACAGAGUGCUGUCAGAGCGGCAUUAUCAAUGUACGUAUAUCUACGUCUCGUCUCCCCAUUCAUCUUUCCUCUCUCAUCUUCAACGUCCGUUGUCGUCAACACCUGUAAUAAACGCCUCGGCACUUCGAUCGUGAUGCCGUAUUUGCCGUGCCAAGAUAAUGGAGAUAAUACAUUGAUUGACUUAUCGCGGUGAUGUUAACGCGUAAUAGCAAUAGCAGUGUGUAUAUAAGCGACCCAGAGACCGCCGGCAUAAUUGUAACACCGCGAUAUGUCUUUCGGCGAUAUGAAGGUAAUGGAACAAUUACCAGAUCAUUGAAAGACGACGAUUUCUUUAAUGAUCGCUGUAAACUUAUUCAAGAACUGACUCUUACAAAAAUAUAUUGGAAUGUAUUAGAUCGUAGAUUUAUUCAUCUUUUGCGUGCACAAUUUUUAAUUUUUUAAUGUAUACAUCCUUACUUGAGACAGUGAGCACGCGUUGCGGAACGAUAAACUCUUGAGUGUAUAUUUUGACAGGAGAAAUUUAUUUCCUAUCGAUAAAAUUAUCCAAGGCUUUAUUAGUCUUCAUCAAUUCAAAUGGUUAUACAGAGAAGUGUCAUUUCCUGCGACACUGUUACGUAAAGAUGCCACGGAUUUGGCAAACCGUUGGGGACUCGACCGUUUCCCGUUUUUGACGACUGAUGACGGCUAGAAUUUGUUUUACACUUUUACACAUUGAAGAUGACUCCAAAGCGAGUCGAAAUGUUUGUUCGAUCGAUUGUGUUAUUUGCUUAAGAUGAAUAAAUAAUUAUAAGAACAUUAAUAUUUUGAUUGCGCACCUAUACCCGCGCUGAUUCUCACUACCCUUAUUCUCAACCGUUUGUUGUUUUAAUUUUCGAGAGUCCUGAGUUAUAUGAUUGGUUUGAAUUUUUUAAUGAUUUCUGCGCUGCGUAAUGCCUGGUAAUGUCGCACCCGAAGCGCCCGGGUCUUUAUUAAUAACGACGCUGUCGUGUCGUUGCAACGGGAGACUGUCGCAAAUCAGUUUGCCGUGGAGCUAGUAUGUAAUUAUCGUGACUGUAGAUUAUAGCGUGCGAUAUUUUAGCCAGGCGAGUUUCAAUAAACUUCCGCGCGAAGACGCAUUUAGAGGCGUUUAGUUUAGGGAUUGUAUAUCGUUGAUCGUGAAUCUCGCGAGAAGGCAUGUCAACGGAAGGACAAGCCGAAAGGCCCAAUUAAGCAUCUUAAAUUAUCAAUGUAAAACGCUUAGCUGAUUAAUUAAUGACCAUGCGUGAUCAUUUGUACAUUUGCAUUUGUCCGACUUGACCGGCCGUGAGAAAGAAGAGAAUAUUCGUCGGGAAAUAUUUAGUUAGUAAUUCGACACGCUUGUAUCAAUUUGUUUUUACAUACGUAUGAAACAUUCUCGCGACAGAUUGUUUUUUCACUGUGCGACGCGUGCACUUUUGCGAAGUGUUCGAAACGCUUCUUAGCGCGGAUGUUCAGUAAGUUUUAAGUAGGCCGAUGAUAUGUCGAUUCCUUUCGCAAGUCGAUAAUCCUCAGAGAAGAAGAACCCCAAACAAAAAAAAUGUAAAGUAGCAUUUUAUUCCACGGAGAGCCAAAAAUUUAAUAUUUCUGUUUUUUCUUCUCUUUUUUUUACAAUUUCGAUACAUUGUACGAAUGCUGUGGGGAAAAAAGCUAUAAAUACUAUACAUAUAAAUAUAUAUAUAAAUAUAUUAUUGUGUGUAAGUUAUAAAUACGCGGAUAUCUACUGUAUUUAUAACUUAUAUGUUUAUACACAUGCAAAUAUAGACACGUAUAUAAUCA